UAUACAUACAUAUAUAUAUACACACACAUAUUCAUACAUGUGUAUAUACAUAUAUACAUUCAUACAUACACAUACAUUUAUAUCGAUCCCUGGACCCAUAUAUAUUUCCAUGGUUUCAGUAGUUUAAUGGAUUUGUCUAAAUUUUACAAACUAUGUCUGGAUUCCUUUGGAGACAGGAGCGGUGCAGUGCUGAUGCAGUUUAAUACUGUUACGAGUCAUCCCUCCAAAAUGGCCACAGUGGGAGAACAAAUUCAGAUUAGCAGUCACACAGUGGACAAGGUCACCAAGGCCAAAGUGACCUUGGAAAAUUACUAUACCAACCUGCUUAUGCAACAUGAAGAGCGGGAAAUACGGUAUCGUAUGCUCGAGCAGUCAAUGGAAGAAGAAGGACUUUCUGAAGAGCAGAAAAGUGAGCGGCGUCAACAACAUGCUGUGAAAGAAACAGAAUUCCUCCGUUUGAAACGAUCUCGCCUCGGUGUUGAUGACUUUGAAUCCUUGAAAGUGAUUGGACGAGGAGCAUUUGGGGAGGUUCGGCUCGUUCAAAAAAAGGACACUGGCCAUGUAUAUGCUAUGAAGAUUCUACGAAAGAUUGACAUGCUUGAGAAAGAGCAGGUUGCCCAUGUCCGAGCUGAACGUGAUAUUCUGGUAGAAGCUGACCACCAGUGGGUUGUGAAGAUGUACUACUCUUUCCAGGAUGCGUUGAAUCUUUACCUCAUUAUGGAAUUUUUACCUGGAGGUAACGAGAUAUUUUUCAUUCUCUCUCUUAACGACCUUCUGUUAACUGUUAAUUAUCUGGAAAUGUUUGUAUGCUUUAAAGGUUCUGAUGCCAUUAUGAGGAGAUACAUGUGUGGUCAUAUAAAAUUAUCUGAUUUUGGAUUGUGCACAGGGCUUAAAAAAUCACAUCGGACAGAGUUCUACAAGGACUUGUCGCAUGCCAAACCUGGUGACUUCACACUAAAUCCUAUAGAUUCAAAGCGGAGAGCCGAAAGUUGGAAACGAAACCGACGGGCAUUGGCUUAUUCAACUGUUGGUACCCCAGACUAUAUAGCGCCCGAGGUAUUUAUCCAGACAGGCUAUACGAGCAGCUGUGAUUGGUGGUCAUUAGGAGUAAUUAUGUAUGAAAUGUUAAUUGGCUACCCUCCAUUCUGUUCAGAAAACCCGCAAGAAACUUACAGAAAAGUGAUGAAUUGGCGAGAGACUUUAGUUUUCCCGCCAGAAGUACCUAUUUCAAAUGAAGCUCAAGAUUUGAUUAGAAAAAUAUGCUGUGAUCCUGAACAAAGAUGUGGAGCGAACGGAAUAGAAGAACUUAAAGCCCAUGUUUUCUUUAAAGGUGUUGAUUGGGAACAUAUCAGAGACCGCCCUGCUGCUAUUCCUGUGGAAGUAAAAAGUAUAGACGAUACAUCAAAUUUUGAUGAAUUUCCAGAGAUUGACCUGAACUGGCCUUCGCCGCCUCAACAGCAGUCAACAGCCACAGAUAUGGACAAAGAAUCCAAAAACAAGGACUGGGUGUUUAUUAAUUACACUUACAAAAGAUUCGAGGGACUUACACAAAGAGGACCUCGACCAUCGGCACCCAAAAGCUAGAAAUUAUUGAAAUUAUACAAAACAAAUAAAAAAAUUUUAAAAAAUUACAAAUAAAAACAAAAAAAA